CGAUACCAGUCCCGGUGUGACACAAGGGUGCCCGCGAUACCGAGCUAGGCGCUCCCGAGCCGCGCGCCGGGUGACGCAGUGCGAAGUGUCCUCGCUCGUCGUAUACAUCCUCGUUAUCGUCGUCAUAAAAUGACAGCCACGAUGGGUCAUCGCGGGAUUAUACAUUCGCUGAUUUGGUGUUUGCUGUCGUUCCCGGCGUCCUUCGCCGAGAGGCUGUCCCCAGAUCAGAAGGCACCGCUGUUCGCGCGCGGCUCCGGCGGCCUGAUCCUGAAGCCGCCCUUCGAGGGCGAGCAGAGGGCGGCCGCGGGUCCGCCGACCUCCGCGAAUGUCGUCAGCGAAGACGGCGUCCAGAGGGAGGAGAUCGCCACCCUGAAGCUCGUGGACGGCGAGCUGGUCCGAGUGGUAGAGGGAUCCUAUUCUUACAAGAGUCCCGAAGGAAUCCCCGUUUCCGUUCACUACGUCGCGGACGAGAACGGGUAUCGGGCUGGAUUCAGAAUAGGAGCUGCCGCGACCGGCGAAACGAAGGGGUCUCUCAUCAGACCCCCAGGACCCUCCAUCGGCCCCUCGGGACGCCAAAUCGAAUCCCACGUCGGACCCCCGGGACCAGGAAGUACAUAUCUGCCAUCGAAGCCGGACGUCGAUCGGAGUUAUCUGCCGCCUCAAUGAUCUCGAAGGCUGGCGUGAACACGCUUUCCGUUUUGUCAGCACUGUGAUCGGUGGAUCAAGAGAGGCUAACGAUUUUCUCUGUAUAGAAAUGUCGAGGCACAAGUAGCUUGAAUUAAUUAAAGAAAAAAAAUUAAUUCAAGCUGACUUAAUUAAAGAAAACGGGA